AUGUCGGAGGUGAGAGCUUUCGCCCUGAGUCAUAUCAAGACGGAGGAAGGACAAAUCAAUAAGAGGGCGGCUGAGAGCCGAGAAGCAGGGGGCAGCAACAACGGGGACAAUAAGCAUCUCUGGGUAAGCUCAGAUUGGAGUAAGCGACGUGACCACUACAGUGCGAAGGAAGGAAAUCGCAGGCAGGCGGACUGUGGUGGUCGGAUGAGAGGCGAGUGGACACGAAAUAAUGAGCAGGAAAAGUUCACCCCGCUCAACGUCCCUAGGAGGCAAAUACUUCAUGACGUCAACAACGCGUCACUCUUCGUGUUCCCAGCAGCCAUUGAUCGUCAGUUGGGUCCUUUCAAAACUGACUGGUGCGAGUUUCAUAGGACCCAUGAGCACACUACAGAGAAUUGUUUCGUUCUCGGAAGGAAAAUUGAGCGUCUUAUCAAGGAGGGUCGUUUAAAGAAGUUUGUGGCAAGAAAGCAUGAUGAAGGCUCGUCUGAUAGACGGCGUAGACAUGAAGGGGAAGAUACAAAAGGAGGAAGGCACAAAGGGAGGGCUCCUCCUAGGGACCUUCCAGAAAAAAGUUCAAAGACCCAUCAACAGGCCGUCCAUGGAGAUUUUAACACCAUAGAGGGGGGAUUUGCUGGAGGAGGCCCGACGUCAGCGGCACGGAAGAGAUACUCCCGAUCGAUGUUAUCAGUCUCAGAGUGGGCAAGACCACAUCGGCCAGCCAUCACAUUCUCGGAUGCCGACUACGAGGGGGUGUCUCCCCACGAGGAUGACCCUAUAGCCAUUUCGGCGAUCGUCAUGGGCUAUAAUGUGAAGCAUGUGUUGGUAGAUCAGGGCAGUUCGGCAGACAUCAUGUUCUGGGAGGCUUUUGUCGGGAUGAAAAUUUUGACUGAUCGCCUUAUGCCAUAUGCAGGAACUCUAGUAGGUUUUGCAGGAAAUCAGGUGACGGCCAGGGGGUACGCCGACUUAGAAACCACCUUUGGGCAGGGACACCCACUACAAGAAAAUGACGAUUUUGCGACGGUUAUAUGGACUACAUUGUGA